CCUCCUGCCAGGUGGCGGGGUCAGGGACCCGGCUGUCCCUGCUCCUCAGCGCCUCCUCCCUCUCUGCCCCCGCCCCGCCCGGGUCCACGGAUCCAGGCUCCCACGCGCCGCCUGGCGCUCCUCCCCAGCCCGGCUGUACGCGGAGGCUGCGGCUCGGUGGGGCAGGAACGGCGCGCACGGCGGCGGCACAGGGAGCAGAGGCUCCAGCGCGGGGACCCGGGCUCAGCCCGGGCCUGUGAGCGCCGCGGCCCUAGCCCACCCGAGGCCGGCCUGGGGGGCCAGCAGGGCGCGCGGAGCGCCGAGUGCGCGUCGGGCUGGGCCCCGCACCCCGGUGCAGGAGCGCGGGCGCGGCGCGGCGGAGUGCCCCGCAUGGAGCCGGCCCGGGAGCCCCCGGCGCGGGCCCGGCCGCCGCCGCCCGUGGCUGCGCGCCCUGCGCCCACGCCCGCGCCCGCCCCUGCCGCCCCCAGGCCGCGCUCGCCUGCCGAGGCAGAGGCCCGUGGCCCCGAGGGGCUGCUGCGGCGAUCCGGGUCGGGCUACGAGGGCAGCACCAGCUGGAAGGCGGCCUUGGAGGACACCACCACACGUCUCCUGCUUGGUGCCAUCGCAGUCCUUCUGUUCGCCAUCUUGGUGGUGAUGAGCAUCCUGGCUUCCAAAGGCUGUAUCAAGUGCGAAGCACCCUGCCCGGAGGACUGGCUGCUCUAUGGAAGGAAGUGCUACUUCUUUUCUGAGGAACCCAGAGACUGGAACACAGGCAGGCAGUACUGCCACACCCACGAGGCAGCGCUGGCUGUCAUUCAGAGCCAGAAGGAGCUGGAAUUUAUGUUCAAGUUCACACGGAGGGAGCCCUGGAUUGGACUACGCAGAGUUGGAGAUGAAUUCCACUGGGUCAACGGGGACCCAUUUGAUCCAGACACGUUCACCAUUGCAGGUCCAGGGGAGUGUGUCUUCGUGGAACCCACCAGGCUAGUGUCGACGGAGUGUCUGAUGACCCGGCCCUGGGUGUGCAGCAAGAUGGCCUAUACGUGAGGUGGGUGGGGCCAGAGGCGGCCCCUCCCCCCAGGCCUGUGGGAGAUGUCUGCUCAAGACCUGCCUCCAGCAGAGCCGCCUGCCCUCUGCAAGGCAAAGCAGUGGGGUGGGUGGCCUCUGCCCCAGGCCCCUCUUCCUGGCGCUCUGAGUCCCUGGUUCCUGGUCUUCUUUGUCUCCAGGCAGGUCGUGUGGUUCAGCAGUUAAAUCCCAUACGCUAACUAGUGUAGGCAUCUGCCCACCUACACACACACACGCACACGCACGCACAGACACUGUCCCCUCUGAAGCUCAGUGUCCACCCUGAGCCGCCCCACAGAUCUCUCUCCAGCCCCCUAGAAGCCCUGUCCUCACUGCAGUCCUGGUGCUCUGGGGAAGGGGGGUCAUUGGCAGGUGGUUUGACUGUCCACUCAGCAGCCCCGCCUCCCCAGUGGUUUCUCUCCUGGCUGCUGGCAGGGGCAGGCGGGGAAAGCUUUCCGCUCUCCUAGGCCAGGCCAGCCCAGGGCCCCAGAGGUCCCCUGCAUCCCCCGUCUUUGUCUUGCCUGGGUUCUCAGGCAGGGCCUCUGCUGUGUCCGUGGUGCUGUUGUAUUGGUCACUAACGGAAUAAAGAGUGAAUAACUCA